AUUAAAUUGUAUUGUUCAUCACAAAUCAUUUCGGUAAAAUAUGACAAUAGAAUAGAAAUAAUGUGUUUUACUUCGUACGUGUUACUUGUACGGCUCUUUUUAGGCGGACGUUUUACUGGCGUCCGGUAGUCGAUUUCAGUCCAAAAUGGCGGAAGCGUAGCUUUGCUGCUAGGCUCUGAUGUUGCAAUGGAACGAACAAUUGUCUUUAACUUCCUGGCAAUAUAUGUUCUGUGGUGGUAGUGAGAGAUCAGUACGUCAAACAGCAAAGAUGUCGGCAGUGCUGUACGGUGUCUAAACUAAAUGAUACUCAUAGCUGGUGUCUGAAGCCCACUGAAGUUACAUCAAAGGACGAGGAAGAAUUCCGUCUUUUGUCAAGUAAAACGUUUUAUUCGGAAACGUUUUGGAUUUUUUUUAUCCAUUUUCAAACCAACGACCCACCCAUGAUUCAUUGCAGGAUCAGCGCUUGGAAGGUUUUCCCAGUGGUUGUACUUCUGGUUUUUCUUGCCCUGUGGCUGACCUCUCAGGAAAGAGCACUUCCAAUUUAUGGGUCGCCCUCAACAACCUCCAUAAAUUACAGAAGGAUGAGUGGUGAUGAAAUGAACCCAGCUGCAGUGGCUCAGUCAGUGGAGGAUGUACAAGGAGAUGACCGGUGGAUGUCACAGCACACAAGAUUUGUGCAGGAGUGUAAGGAUGCUGAACCAGACGUGCUUUUUGUGGGGGAUUCUUUGGUACAACUAAUGCAGCAGUAUGAGGUCUGGAGGGACGUAUUCUCUCCUCUUCAUGCGCUCAACUUUGGCAUUGCAGGGGAUACCACUUGUAAUGUGCUGUGGAGGCUGCAGAACGGAGAGCUGGAGAACAUCCGUCCCAAGGUGGUGGUGUUGUGGGUAGGAACCAACAAUUACCAACACACAGCAGAGCAAGUUGCUGGAGGAAUUCUUGCUAUCGCGCAGCUGCUCACCUCCCACCUGCCCAAGGCAAAGGUAGUUGUACUGGGUUUGUUGCCUCGAGGAGAGCGACCCAACCCAUUGAGGGAGAAGAACGCGGCGGUUAAUGAGUACCUGCGCUCCUGGCUGCCACGGCUGGGCCGGGCUCAGGUCCUAGAUGUGAGCGGGGAGUUCGUUCACUCCGACGGAGCCAUCAGCCCGCAGGACAUGUUCGACUUCCUCCACCUGACGCCGACGGGUUACCGCAGCAUUGCAAAGCCCCUCAGCGACCUGCUGCUUCAGAUAUUGAAUGAGACGCCAGAGGAGCGGCGGGCGUCGCUGGUUUGAGGGGGCCACGGCCGAGCAGCACAUUUAUCCAGGGGCAUGUCUCACCCGCUGCUGUGGGAGACGGGGGAGACAUGUCCCUGGUGUCUGGAGGAGGAUGGGCUCACUCAUAUGGGGGGUUGGUGGGGGGAAAGAGGCACCCUGAUGUGAGUGGGCCCAGGAGGGGUGUGGGAUCACAUUGAUGAGCGGAGGGUUGGGUGUGGAGAGGAUGCUGAGGAGGGAGAGAGACCUCACUACAGACGUAGACACUGUGAUUGCAGUAGUAACCUCUACUGCAGAAGGAUUUACAGGGUCAGACUACUCUGAAUCAUAGACAGAUAUACUGAGAAAUCACGUGGGACUGGAACACACACGCAGAUUAAUCUUGGCCUGUGGAAAAAAUGAGUGUUUCCCUCUGUCACCUGUGCCACGGAGAUACGAUACAAAUAGAGAAACGAUCAAAUUUCUUCCUACGUGUUUUGUUUGACGUCAGCAAAACGGUUAGAUGUGCGGCCUCUCUAUUAGCACAUGAGAGGUCCAGUGCACAACAUACUCACAGUAGGCAGCAACGUUAAUCUAACAUUGUACAAUGUUAUGAGUCUGACCAGUAUGCUGCAGAGCAGUAGUUCCCAACCCAGGGGUCAGGGCCCCCUAAGGUGUCACAAGAAAAAUGUCAGGAGUCACAAGAUAAUUUAAAGGAUAAGAUGGAGAAAAAUAUUGCUGUUACAUAAAAUUCUGUUUAUUUUUUCUGACAUUUUGCUAUUUUGUAAUUUUAAUUAAUUUUAGUUAAGUUUUAGAAUUUAAUUUCUUUCUUUUUUUUUUUCUUGCAAAACUCUGAACACUUUCACCUCUUCAGGCCAAAUUGAAACAAUGUAAAAAUCACUUUAUGGUGUGGAAUUGUUUCCUUUAAAGGUCCACUAGUCAGAAAGGUUGGGAGCCACUGCUACAGAGGGGCUACUGCUGAGAUGCACACUAUGUAUUGCAGUGAGCAGUAUUUGAAAAAUAUCUCUCACUAUUGGACGAUUUUGCUGAAAGCAUAAUCCAGUGAAGCAAAUGUCAUAUAAGAUAGUUUACACAGAUUUACUAUGAUAGAGUUUUGUCUCUUUAUGUGUACUAUUUCCUGUACUCCGCAAAACAAGGAGCACUUAGUCUUCUAAAUGUUCACUUUUGAACUCGGUGUGUGUAACUAAUUGGAUGUUUUUUUAAAGUGUUGAUCAAUAUAAAAUAGAUCGGUGUAUAUCUGGAGAGUUAACUACUUUUCCACAGACCACGCAUACAGCUGAUCACUACUCUCUUCCUGUGUCACCUAAAACCAUCACCGAACUAAAUGUUCAACUCAAACCUGACGGCGGUGUUCGCCACAUGCAUGUUUUAAGACGAGCCUCCGCUUCGGUGUAGAGAGUGGGCCAACGCUUCUGUAUUAAAUGAGUGAAUAAUAUCAAGUCAAAAUCAUGUACUCAUACAUAUUCAUUCGUGAUGUUAGCAUUUACUUGUCUCAUAAUCUACAAAUGUCUUCCAAACACCCCCAACCCUGCUGCUUAUACAUGCAAAACCUCUUUCACAGUGUAUUUGCAUUUUACUUGUAGAAUUACUUUUCAUCAGAUAAAUCUACUGUGACAUUUAAUUUUAAUGUCCAAAAAAAACUAGUAGGUUACACAUUAAAAAAUGUUUUGUAUCGCCAAACUAAGACCUGCCAGCUAUUUAAAUUGUACGCCGAACAACUUCUUGACUGUGUCCUUGGUAUCUGUUGGACAUUUUUUUAAUAGAAAAAAUAUUUCAGUGAUAUUGUCUUGUGUGCACUGUUUUUCAGUAGUGUUGCAGACAGUGCUUUGAUUUUAUUUUUCACCUCACCUUGCUACUCAUAACACAAUAUUCCUUAACUACACUAUAUUAAAAAUACAGAUUGAUUUGGGACAUUUCUUUCUGCGUCUGUAUCUUACACUAAUAUAUCCAAAUAUUCACAGUCUGACACUUUGACCAGGCUCUCUCACGGUCUCUCUCUCUCUGUCUCCUUCUCCCUCCUAAAUAUAUACAGUAUUUUCUCUUAGAAGCACCUCUUUAUUCCGUUUCCCACCUCUUCUUUAUUUCUCUCCCUUGUUGUAUUUGUCGUCGACUCACCCAGCCCUGCAGCCCUGGGCCCUGACAUCUCUACACGGUGUACUUACUGAAUAUUUUUAGGAAUAAAAAGUAGCCACGUGGUUAAGCUACUGAACACAGCUAUACUGAAUAUCGUCACGCUAAAUGCUUAAAAGCAAUCACAGGUCAUGUAAAGAAAACCAUUCGUCUGUGAGCUUCUAGCUGUUUCUUCGUGGCUCGGAUCUGUUCAAAUUGUGACCGAGAGCAUCAAAUUAUCCGACGUUACUGCUGUCUUAAGCUCUGCGCAUUUGCGUGCUAUGUGUUAAAUAUGAAGUGUGUGUGUGUGUGGGUGUGUGUGGGUGUGUGUGUGCCUUAAGUGUUAAAGGGGACGGUUGUGUGUACAGUAUGUGUGGUACUGGACUGUGUAUGUUGGACGUAUGAGAAGUGACCCCAGUUGUAUAUAAAACGUGUGAAGCUUGAAGAAAUGAUGUUUGAAGGGGGGUUCAGAUUGUGUUUUGGUGCGAUACGGCAUUUGCACUGUUUUGGCUCAUUGUCACAUUAUUGAGGUAAAGCAUUCUAAUAAUAAAAAAAACAAGGAUCUAA